AUGCUCUUCAACGCAUUGACGGUUCUUUCUAUCAUCGCAAGCGUUCAUGCCGCAGGUCGUGCGAUCGUUACCAAUCAAUGCCCCGAGCCCAUCUAUCUCUGGUCCGUUGGUGGUAGCAUAAGUGACCAACACAUCGUCAAUCCUGCCACAUCAUAUAGUGAACCCUUCGUCACUGACCCGAAAUCUGGAGGCAUUGCGAUCAAGAUAUCACCAAUCGAAGGCGGUAUUUUCAAGCCAAACGUCAGCCAAACGAUCUUCGCGUACAACCUCGACGUCAACCAGAUCUGGUACGAUAUGAGCGACAUUUUCGGCGACGGCUUCGCGGGAAGUACCAUGACCCUCAAGCCGACGGAUUCAACGUGUGAGAGCAUCGUGUGGGCGUAUGGAAAGCCGCCCGCCGGUAGUCAAGUCAAGAACUGUGGCGCUGAGACGGAUCUUGAGCUGACAUUUUGUACCGACCAGUGCUUGCCGAGUUGGUCUCCUUGUGGAAGAAACGCGCCGCCGGGUGAGACGAGGACGUGCUGCACGCAUUGUAUUGGCGAUCACCACUGUGUUGCUGCACCCAAUUAG